UGUGUGUGUGUCUGUUUGUCGCUCAUCCACGCUUUGCCCACCCGCGUCGAGAGACCCCGUUCCACGCAGACACAGGGACCCAGAAGGUCUGCGGCAUCAUUUGGCUUUUAUUUUAAUAUUAGCUUUUACUUAGGUAUCAAUUCAAUUUAUGUGUUUCAUUUUGAGACACCCCAGACUGUAGUUUUUCAAUGGGAGGACUUCCCUGUGCCUGGUGGUGUAACCUUUAGUGAUUGUCAAAGCUUGUUGGGCCUUGACUCGUGGUCUAGUUUAUCUGGUGUCAUGGAAACUUUCUAUAUAGCUCUGGGUCCUCCCCCACACUCUCCCUCCCUGCCUGCUGUUUUCCCGCUGAGGGAAAGCAUCACCUACCAGAGGCGGGUAGUACCAGAACUUGUUUGCUCUGCCUGUUUCCCCUCUUACCUCUGAUGUUGGCUCCCAAGCAUGGCUGAAGGUGUGUCCGUGGCAUUGACCUGAUGAUGCAGCUGCCCUGGCUCCCUUCACCUGCCCCCUCUGCCCUGCAGUUUCUGCGUCAGCGCCAGUAUUUGCGGGACCAUUUGCCAAACCCUGUGCUGCCUGCUGCUCUUUGAUCUGUAAACCUGAAGCCAAGCCAACAGGGUCUGCAAGCAGCUGUUCUGGAGCUCUGCAAACCGCAUCUAAACCAAGGUCUCAUCUAAGGAAAAGGAAAAAAAAAAAAAGGAGUUGUUUUCUACAGAGACAGUUUCCUGAAACAGCUCACCAAAUGACCAGAAAGAGUUAACACAGAGAAUUCCAGAUAACGUGAUGUGUGGACAAAUCCCAGAUUGGAUGGUGGCCCAGGGUUGGGGGUCAGGACCGCACCUGAACUCAUCAUCAGAGGACUUGGUGGAGGAGCGCUCGUGGGCCUUAUAGGUUUGGCUGCUUGGAGACUGCUUUGCCUGGACGAGGAAGGCUUUGUGAGCCAUGGACUCCUACGUAAUCCAGACGAAUGUCAAUGACAGCCUACCUUCAGUGCUGGAUGUUCGCGUCAAUAUUGGCGGGAGAAGCUCGGUGCAAGGGAGAGCGAAGGGCAGGAAGGCCAGGUGGAAUGUGAGGCCCUCUGACAUGUCCAAUAAAACCUUCAAUCCCAUCCGAGCCAUUGUGGACAACAUGAAGGUGAAGCCGAAUCCGAACAAAACCGUGAUCUCUCUGUCAAUUGGGGACCCUACUGUGUUUGGGAACCUGCCCACAGACCCUGAAGUGACCCAAGCCAUGAAGGAUGCCCUGGACUCCGGGAAGUACAAUGGCUAUGCCCCAUCUAUCGGCUACCUAUCCAGUCGGGAGGAGGUCGCUUCCUAUUACCACUGUCCUGAGGCUCCUCUGGAAGCUAAGGAUGUCAUUCUGACGAGUGGCUGCAGUCAGGCCAUUGAGCUGUGUCUAGCCGUGUUGGCCAAUCCUGGACAGAACAUCCUCAUUCCGAGGCCCGGGUUUUCCCUCUACAGGACAUUGGCUGAGUCUAUGGGGAUUGAGGUCAAGCUCUACAAUCUAUUGCCUGAGAAGUCUUGGGAAAUUGAUCUAAAACAACUGGAAUCUCUGAUCGACGAAAAAACAGCUUGUCUCGUGGUCAACAACCCGUCCAAUCCCUGUGGCUCUGUGUUCAGUAAGCGGCACCUUCAGAAGAUUUUGGCAGUGGCUGAAAGGCAAUGCGUCCCCAUCUUAGCCGAUGAGAUCUAUGGUGACAUGGUGUUUUCAGAUUGCAAAUAUGAACCAAUGGCCACCCUCAGCACCAAUGUCCCCAUCCUGUCCUGUGGUGGGCUGGCCAAGCGCUGGCUGGUUCCUGGCUGGAGGCUGGGCUGGAUCCUUAUCCAUGAUCGAAGAGACAUUUUUGGCAAUGAGAUUCGGGACGGGCUGGUGAAGCUGAGUCAGCGGAUCCUGGGCCCGUGCACCAUCGUCCAAGGUGCCCUGAAGAGCAUCCUUCAGCGCACCCCUCAGGAGUUCUACCAGGACACUUUAAGCUUCCUUAAGUCCAAUGCGGACCUCUGCUAUGGGGCGUUGUCUGCCAUUCCUGGACUCCAGCCAGUCCGCCCAUCUGGAGCCAUGUACCUUAUGGUGGGAAUUGAGAUGGAGCACUUCCCAGAAUUUGAGAAUGACGUGGAAUUCACAGAGCGGUUAAUUGCGGAGCAGUCUGUCCACUGCCUCCCAGCCACGUGCUUCGAGUACCCAAAUUUCUUCCGGGUUGUCAUCACAGUCCCCGAGGUGAUGAUGCUGGAGGCUUGUAGCCGGAUCCAGGAGUUCUGUGAACAGCACUACCACUGUGCUGAAGGCAGCCAGGAGGAGUGUGACAAAUAGGCCCUCAUGCAUCCUCCUGAAGACAUGUCCCACUCAAGGAGAGUUGGGCUGCUCCUCCUCAGGACGACAGAUGUCCCUUCUUCGAGAGGGACCUCCAAAGCACCGCAUCAAGAUUUGAAGAUUAUUUCUUCUUCCCCCAGUCACAUCCAACACAUGCCUGGAACCCCAGAUUCUCCCAUUAUUCGGCUCUGCUGGAGCGACUCAUGAGCCCUUUACCCCUAGCUACACGCACGCACGCACGGACGCACGCACUCACGCACGCAGGCAGGCACCAUAUACUUCUUUAUCCUGAGGGUACCAGUUUACCAGAAGGAAGCUGGGAUGGGAAAAGCCAGAGCUCAGGAUGAGAGAAGCAGAAGGUUGCCUCCCCCACCAUUUCCUCGAGCUGACACAGGAGUGUCCUCUUCAGUCAGGUCGGAAGUCACCUUGGUUCCUGCCUCACUUCAGCAAUACCUCACGCCCUGCGGUAGAGCUACACCAGAGAGAAGUCGAAGACUUGUAAAUUUGGUUAACUGUAUUCUAAGUGCAUUGGGAAACUUGAUAUUUAAAGGAUCCUUGAUAGAAUUUUUUUUGUAAAAAAAUUAUUUUGCGGUGCAAAUAAAUACCAGCUUCCUAAACUGAUUAGAUCUGCUUGUAUCAGGUUUUCUUAAAAUAGGAGCACACCUCAUUGAAGGAGAAAGAAGGGACAGGAGGCCUCUCCAGAGACAUUGCUGCGGACCGGAAAGCAUCUUCCUCCUCACCUUCUUGUAGAAUCAUUGCCACUUUUGCUGUCAUGUGAAUAUUGAUUUAUUAAUAUUUGUAAUAUUAUCUUUUCAUAUAUUUUCUAAGAAACAUUUAUAUUAUAAGAUCUUUUAUUUUGUCAAGGGUAUAAAUUAUUAUUCUCUUUUUUUUUAAAUAAAAUUUUAUCAAGUAUG